CCGAAACAACAGCACCGGCGUCCUUGAAUUCUCACAGAAUUUGCUCCUGCAACGGUUGCAGUCAUAUUAGUGGGGAGUAUGGCUUUUGACAUAUAUAUACCUGAGCCCUUCAAGUAAUAUCCUUUCGCAAUGCACAAGACGCCAUGGACUUCCCACAACGCCUCGACCCGCUCGACUUUGACGUAGCUCCUCCCGAUGAAGAGCUCCCCGACUACGAGCCUGCGACGGCCCCUGAAUAUAACCUCGAAGACUACGCGACGCCCCUCCAUACGUACCACCUCCGACAGAUCGACCGCAAGGUACAGGUGCUCGUGCCCUAUGGACCGUCCUCCUCGUCGUCGUACAAGAUCGUCACUCGCGGGGUGCGACUCUUCACCAAGAAGCCGGAAAUGGAGAUGUUUCGAACUACCCACGGACAGAUGAGCGAGGAGAGUAUAUGUGGAAUAUGGUUCGACGCGGACGGUCCCCUCCCGUGGCGGCCGCGAGCCCACUUCUGCCACACGGAUGCCGGCGGGCUGAGCACGCAUAGCAUGGAGUCGAGAAACUUUGCAGACUGGACAGUCGACAUAGGAGGGGUUACAUACGCAUGGACCCUCGAAGGGCGACCAAUGUCACUGGUCCUAACCGAGAAGUCAACUAGCAUUGUCAUUGCACGCUUCACCUACUCGGCUCGUGGGACCCUGGCCACGCGAGGAGCCGAAGUGGGAGACCUGACUAUAUACCGCGAUGGGCUGUCGAUAGACCGAGCUGGUGUCGAGAAGAUCAUAUGCGGGCUACUAGUCGCCAUCAGUCAUUUCAAGAAGAUGGGGAGACACUAUUGGAAUGAAGUCGACGCCCCGAUGCGCGCAACGUCGUCGCCCAGGGAACAUUUUCCUUCACCCCGAACGUCGAUUGCCGCAUAUUCAACGCUUUGAGUCAUGGCGUCACUUGGAGCAAGUGGAAGAUUGGAAUCGGGCUGAUGCAU